GCGCCGCGACACGAGCAACCACCGUUUCGCUAAUCGUGCAACUCGCGAGCUCGUUCGCCGAUCCGAUCAAUAAAUUCGAUCGCGGAUUCGCGAGAUCGAUCGAUUGUAAACCGUUUUAUCUUAUUAAUUCGUUUCCAAAUGUCGAGAAGUUUUAUCGAUGAAUUGUUACGCUUUCGUGAAUAGUUACUCCCCCCCGAUGAAGGGCCAUUCGAGCUUGUAAAAGACGCGCGACCAUUUUACUUUUUUUCUUUAUUUCUGUUUUUAUUUUUUUUCCUUUUUUUCUUUUGUUGGUAAAAUUGGACGAAGUAACAGUUUGAAGCAAGUUGUGAAAUCCUAGAAUAGUGCUUGGGAUUCACCCACCAGAAGAGUUGGCGAGGUCUCAAUUUUCGUAAAAGGUUUCUUCAUGACCGAUCGUGUUCAUUGACAAACUGAUUCAAUCUCGAGUCUACCAAGCCGUGAUUGCAGCUAUUUGUUGGUAGACAGUUCUAACUCGCGGCGACAGUUCACCGAGGAAAAGGAAGAGGAGAAAGGAAAAGAAAGCGAGGAGAAAUGGUUUCCUCAGCGAUCUUCGGGGCAGCAGCUGGAACUGGUUUGGCUCUGGUCGUCGCGAUGACGAUCGUCGUGUACCGAUACUACGCAGUAAAACGAAAAGGGAAAUAUUGGAGCAAUUUGGAUCGCUGGCCGGAUCCACCUGGCACGAAGAGACCGGAAGAACGACAGAAAGAUUGCUCGGAGCAUUGUCACGACGCGUCCUCUUCACAAGUGCUCAAUUGUUGGCGGAAGGAGCAGAAGAAUUACUAUGCGGUGCAGACUAGGGAGUUCAACGUCGCUAAAGAACAACACGCAGUGCAGCCAUGUUCCUCGGUGGUCGUCGAAUCAGGGAGUUUGCCGCAUCAAAGUCGAAGUUACCCUGGCGGUGGCAGCGGAUCCGGAAGCAUGGGCCGAUUGUUCACGAGAAAUUCAUCGGUUAGCUCGCAGAGUUCGUUAGAGGGAGCAUCUGGGCCAGCAUCCACCCAUCGUACUGGCACUUCGACCCAGAUUCGGCCGUUUGGACCUGAUGGACGAUAUCACCGGGAUCCUUUGCACGCUGCCUCGUCUUAUCCACCCAGCAGAAGCUCCAGAUCGCCAUCACCUGGUCGUGCCGCAUCGCUAGAUGCACGCUGCGGAAGUCCAGCCAGUUGUUCCGGAAGUCUUCUGAGCAGCAAUGCGUCACCAUCUCAGAGCUCUCUGUCGUCCUUGGCAACAGGUGUGAGCUCAUCUUGUGGUGGUUCCUCGAUAAACGUUGCCCACGGAGCUUCCAGAUCAGCUGGCCGAAGUCUUUCACCCCUUCUUAUUCCACCAUCACGCAUUUCCGCAAGCGAAGGUGGACCACAACCUCCAGCUUCGCCAUUGGGCUCCAUACAACCUGACCUCUACCAAAGAAGAGAUGGUCCCAUUUAUCUCAAGGCUCGAGUAAAUGGAAAGAGCCUGGGCCGGCUGCAUUUGCGAUUCAAAUACGACUUCGAUCGAUCGGAUUUGCAUGUACACCUGAUCGAGGCACACGAUCUGGCUGGAAGUGAUCAAGGAGGAUUCAACGAUCCUUACGUGAAGCUGACGCUCAGCCCUGAAGUAGAUUCGAGAAAACGACAGACGCAGAUAUACCGUAACGAGACGAACCCGUUCUUCGAUCAACAAUUCAAAUUCCCCGUCAGCAACGACGAACUUCAUGACAGGAUCCUGGUUUUGCAGGUGCUCGAUUACGAUCGUUUCUCCAGGAACGACAUCGUAGGUUCUGUCAAAGUGCCGCUGCAUAUUUUACGAUUAGAUUCGCCUACCUCGACCGAGGAAGUUUGGGGGGAAAUUGAACGUGAACGGAAGCCACCCGAACAAAUUCAAGAAGUUCUGCUGUCGCUCUCUUAUCUGCCAAGCGCCGAACGGCUAACAGUCCAGAUUUUAAAGGCCAGAAAUCUGUUCCCGCCACAGGACAAAGAAACCUUAGAUUCGUUCGUGAAAGUAAAUCUUCUUUGUGGAGAGAAGAGGGUGAAGAAGAAGAAAACUGCUGUGAGAAAAGCGACCACCAGCCCCGUUUGGAACGAGGCGAUGUCCUUUAACGUUCCUGCCAACUAUCUUGCGUCAUCGGCCAUCGAGGUAUGCGUGAUGGACUCGAGCAACGAAUUCAUCGGUGGGAACGUAAUCGUCGGUUCCUGUAUCGUUGGUCCAGCGACGGGUGUGAUUCGGGGGGCGGAAGGAAAUCAGGGAAGAGAGCACUGGCUUCACAUGACCCAAUCGCCGAGGAAAACCAUCGACAUGUGGCACACGUUGCAUUAAAGGAGGAAGGAAAAGGAGAGGAAAAUAGAGAGGAAAAUGAAUUGUCAAUCGAUGUUCUAUUCGUCGUGUAUUGUCUUCUGAAGAAACAAAACCGGGCACGUUUUGUGGAUACGUGGACGCAAUCUUUAUUUCUGUUUCGUUCCGUUCCGCUUCCUUUCGGAUUGCUGACGGAAGAAGUACAAUCAGAGGAUAAAAAUAAUCUGUAUAUGUAAACAAGAGUAGCAAUGUUAUAUAUGUGAAACCGCUUUUAUGGAUGUACUCGAGACCAUUAACGAACAAGAAAAAACGCGAUAUAAAGUACACGCCGUUGUUGUCCGUUUCAGCGAGUUGUAAGGAUCGAUGUCCCUCAAUCCUCGAGAACCUCAUUAACAUGAUAUUUCGCUGUACCAAAUUUCCCGUCACCUUCGACCGAAUGAUUUAGUCUAAAGAGAAAUGAUAUCGCAACGCGAUAAACGACAAGUUCGUUUGUCUUCUUAAAGAGGAAAUCGUGUGUGUCACACUCAAGUAUAUAGAUGGAAGAAUAUUUUAAGGAAGGAAAGAGGAGGAAAAUUUGCGUACGAAGGGGGAGACAAUCGUUUUAUGCAUGUCUACGCUACAUGCGCGCACGCACACACACUUACAUAUACACACAAAUAUAUAAUUAUAUAUUUAUAUAAUUUGUUUCUACUGGCGGUUAAAUGUAUUUUACACGAUCAGCAAGAUAUGUAACACUGUUCGCGAUAACGAAUAUAAAUAUAUACAGUGAUAAUGGAUAAUCGUGCUUCGCACGCGAUAAGAAACACCAUCAUGCUUUCCGUUACAGACUUACCACGAAAUUAUUCUGAGGAAAUAAUUUCAAGAUGAGAUAUGUUCAAACGAUGAUUUGAACUGUACUUGCUUGCGCGUUGGUUAUAUAAUAAAAGAUAAAAAUUAAAAAAAAGAAAAGAAAAGAAAGAAAGAAUGAAAGACAGGAGAACGAGAGAGAUGAAUAAUUUGAGAUAUUAAUAUGUUUUUCUAGUUCUAAUAUGUGAUCUUUUCAUCAUAGUCUGAAACCACUGGAGAGAAAUGAGGUAUAUUACGUAUAUACAUAUGUACUUCCUAGGCCUAAGUUUGUACUAUGCAACAAAAUUGACCUCAGAGAAGUACAAGGCGCGCAUGGAUGCGCCUGUUUAAAUAAUCACAUAGUCUACAAACGAACUGAAAGCCUAACGAAAACGAUUCUCCUCCGAUAAAUUAUAGUCUAAUCGCGUUAUCGUUGUUAAUGUCGUAAUUAUUUACGAAUACGUGAGCAGCAACACAGAAUGCAAAAAAAUAUUAUUGUGUAACGUUCGUUCAGACACAGGCGUCUUAAAACUAUCCAGCGCAUGAUAAGAUGUAUGAUAUACAGAUAUCUGUAUAUCAUACAGAUCCUCUGACAUAUUACCGAAUAACAGAGUAUAUAGUUUUCAAUUUAUUGCGUUCUUUUUUCACACUUUUCCACACUUUUUUCACCACACUGCUAAAGAAACAAAGAAAAAGAAAAACAAAUAAAUCAAACUCUGUGUAAUUAACGACAAAGUCUGACUUAUAUAAAAAGAUAAUGAGGAAGAAAAACUAAAAAAAAAAAAAAUCAAUUGAAUAUGUGAACAUUUCCGACCAAAGUUUAUCAUAUCAUAUAUAUUAAUAAUUUUGAAAAUUCCAGAGCUUAGAUCUAUUUAUUGUUAAUUUAAGAGAGUUCGAUUAAGGAAUCUGCCGUACUUAUAAAUAUUUUAGAGUACAGUGCAUUACAGCGAUUUAAAUGUUUCUGAUCCGUUGGUUGCGAGAAAUAUUGAUGAUGUAACAAACGUUACCUGGCGAAAAGAAAGAAUUAAAAUUAAAUGUUGAUCAUCGUUAAGUAUGUUAUAAGUAAAUAUAAUAUGAUUACGUGAAACGUAACAAUUGGUGUUGAAGAAAAGUUUGUUGGGAAGAAACGCUUAACUAACUAUGAGCGUGGUCCGAAUCGUACGCUUACCUUAUACUUAACAGUAUUUCUAUUAUAUCCCAUAUAUAUAUAUAUAUACCGCAUAUGGUACGUGGUAUUUAUAUUAAAAGAAAAAAAAAGACGUAUUUAUAUAUAUACAUACAUAUGUGUAUAUAUAUAUACACACACAUAUAUUAAUAUUAUAUACAUAUGAAGAUGUUCUUAUAUGUAUACCGUGUACAAUCAUCUUGGGUGUCUAAUACAGUACGCGGUUUUAACAUUCCGUACAUACUUAUAACUGUGACGAUAUUUAAAGACUACAUGAAUUCCAUGUUCCCGUAUUUCCUAAAAAAAAAAAAAAAAAAAAACGAAACAAACUCUCUCUGUAAACGCCAGAUUUUUAUCGUAUUUCUACCAUGAACUCUCAUGCGCCGAUUUCAAAAAUUAUCUCACACGUCGAUUACUUCAGCUACUUUUUACAAUACACAAAUAGACACCCUGUUGUCGGACCUGAAUUUGCCUUGCACAAUAAUGGUGCAACUAAACGAAAAUUGGUGCAACUAAACGCAUUUAUUCCCAGUGGUUGAAACUUCUCUUAACAACGGUAGUCUGAUUCUGAUCGUCGUACAAAUAAUUAAAGAAAUUAAUGAAAUUUACGGUAUUGCGAGACGAUUGACAAGCAAGGCAGAGAAACAGUUUCCACAAUUGGUUUUCUAAACAUUUCGAGAAUAUCUCUUGUCUUAUUAACGUCGUAAAGAAUGUACAAUGUAUCUUAAAUGUGAAGUGUAAUCGAUAUUUUCUUGUAAUGUAACCUUAUGAUUCGAUUUAAAAUAAAGAAUUACUUAUUUCCGUCA